UAAAAUUAAAACUUUGUGGAAGUAUGGAGCAGUGGGACAGACUUACCGAUGAGCAGGAGGAAGCUGUAAACCGCUCAGAAUCUGUGAAAUUUGAUGCUCGCUCAAUGACGGCACUGAUUGCUCAGAAUCCUAAAAAUGGCCCUACUCUUCAAGAGAAACUGAAGUCUUUCAAAGCUGCGUUGAUUGUUCUUUAUCUCCUUGUGUUUGCACUUCUCAUACCAGUCAUCGGAAUAGUGGCAGCUCAACUCCUGAAGUGGGACAUGAAAAAUUGCACAGCUGGUUCAAUUAAUACAAAUGGUAUAUCUACAAGUCUCACAGGAAAAGAAAAUGACAGCAAAGGUGAAACAAGAUUUCGAGAAAUUGUUAUGGAACACAUGAGCAUCCUGGAGAAGAGAAUCCACUAUAUUGCAGAUACGGAAACCAACCUUAUAGACUCAGAGCAUUUCCAGAAUUUCAGUGUGACAACUGAUCAGAGGUUUAAUGAUGUUCUUUUCCAGCUAAGUACCUUAGUUUCCUCAGUGCAUGGACAUGGAAAUGCAAUAGAGGAAAUCUCCAAGUCCUUAAUGAGCCUGAAUACCACAUUGCUUGAUUUACUGCUCAGGACAGAAACGCUGAAUGGCAAAGUUCAAGAGAAUACAUUUAAACAACAAGAGGAAAUCAGAAAAUUAGAGGAGCAUGUGUAUAAUGCAUCAGCAGAAAUCAUGUCUAUGAAAGAAGAACAAGUGCAUCUGGAACAGGAAAUAAAAGGAGAAGUGAAACUAUUGAAUAACAUCACAAAUGACCUCAGACUGAAAGAUUGGGAGCAUUCUCAGACAUUGAGAAAUAUUACUUUAAUUCAAGGCCCUCCUGGACCCCGAGGUGAGAAAGGAGACAGAGGUCUUACUGGAGAACGUGGUCCACCAGGCAUUCCAGGUCCCAUGGGUCCCCCAGGUCUUAAAGGUGAUCAGGGAGCAAUUGGCUUUUCUGGAAGUCGAGGAUUACCAGGCCCAUCUGGGAGGACGGGGCGGCCAGGUAAUUCUGGACAAAAAGGCCAGAAAGGGGAAAAAGGAAGUGGAAGCACACUGAGACCAGUACAUCUCAUGACCUGAUCAUAUUAGGGCAGGACCCUUUUAAGAUCAGGUGGAUUGGGUGGGACACCCUCUGCUACCAUCUUAAUAAAAGACCCGUCAUCUCUGGAUGAGUCAUCAGCACAUCUGACUUCCAAGAUCCCUUUUUGGCUCCACCAAGCAACCUUGGUUCCCGAGUCUUUUUUGGCUUCUGCAUGACUUCCUCUCUUGGUCCUCGGUGCUGUGUGGGCCCCUGCUCCCAUGUCCGUAUCUCUUCUGACUCCAGUACUCCACCACCACCAUCAUCCCUCACCCUGGACGCCUCCCAUGUACUGGCUGACAGAUGCUCCAACCAGUCCCCAGAAUACAGGCCAAUAGCUCUCUUCCAUUCACUCACCUAGUAACACAUGGGAUUCCAGGAGAAAUCUCAUGAUUACUGAUUUUAUGUGUUUUCUUUAUAUUCAAAAACAUAUUCACCCACAGGGAUAGGGAUGGCCUAAAAAGAUUUAUUCAUUCACUCAUUCAGACUACUUUCAUUGUGGACCUCUGGAAACUAAACAUAUAACCGCUAGUAAGACCAGUAUCAUCUCUGAUCUCACAGAGCAAAUCAUCCACAGGAAAUACAGGCAAGUAAACAAGCGGUUGUACCACAGUGAGCUGUAUCGGGGGAAGAACAAGCUCUAUAGGUGUUCAGAAAGGAGAAAGAUUUGUGAAUUCCUUAGAAUUUUAAGAAAGCUUAUUUAUUUUGAUUUGUUUAUUUUACUUUCCUAUCUUUGUAUUCCAAAGUACAGAGUAUUUUUUUCCAAGUUUUAGAAUGAGGUAAAUGGAGCUUGGACAAUUUGUUUAACAAACUGGAGCAAAACAAGACUUUUUUUUCCUUGAAGUACCUGGCCAUUUCAAGUAAAACAUCUUGAGCAUGAAAAAAUACGCUGAUGUCUUUUUGACUCAAAAAAGUUCUUUGUACUUUGUGUAGUGGGUACAGAUCCUGGGGGAAAAAAUUUCAGUAGAAUGGUAGAUUCUCAUGUAGUGAACAAAGGGAGAAAAAUGAAAAAAGGAAAGAAAAGGCAACCCCCCAAAAAAAGAAUAGGAAAAAUGUGAGAUUCCAUGUGAUUUUUGAGUGUCUCUGUACUGAUUAACAGAUCACGUACUUCACAACUCUCCUUUCUUCACCUUUUAACACAUAGCCCUACGUUCACAUCAUUAAGGUUCUAGAAGAAUUCUAGUAGUAUGUCUAUCUGUAACUCACUGCUUCUAUUCCUUCCCCUGUAAAAUGGACAUCUUAACACCUACCUCACAGGGUUGUUGUGAGGAUCAAAUAAAAUACUGUGUGUGAAGACGCUCUGUAAAAUCAUAAAUGGCUUUAAACACUUAAGGUAUGGUUCAUAGUAUUCUCUCUAAACUAGGAGAGCUGCUUGACCCUGAUCCAAUGCAGGUAUUUUAAACAUGUAAUCAGAAUAGGAGUAAAAGCAAAAUGAAAGUGCAAGAAACCAAAUCAAUGCCAUGGGCUAAAAGAGAGGCACUAGCGAAUAAGACAAGAUCUUCCAUCGGACAGAGUAAUGCCAUUGUGACCAGAUCGCAAAUCAGUGAGCUAGUCAGAGCUGAGCAGAAGGGUGAAAGUUAUUGAUAAAAGGAGAGACUAGACAGAGGGCAUGCCAGAGACCAGAAGCUGUCAGAGAGGUCAGAACACAACGUCAGACUAACAAGACGAGAGCCUGGGCUCUGAAGGACAAAGCAGGAGCCCAAGACACUGCUGAUGAGAAAGAGUUGUGAAUGGUGCUCUCAGUCUAUGCCAGCCUGAUACCAAAAUCUCAAGAAAAAAAGCGGAGUAGGGGGUCACUCAGUUGGCCGGGUAGUCCUCAGUAUUAGCAAACUCGCAACCUUGCAUUAAAACACAUAUAUACACCCACACACACACACAUCCACACACCCACACACACAGUUGCCAUGGAGUGGAUUCCAACUCAUGGCAACCCGAUGUGUAGAACGGUAGAGCUGUACUCCAUAGGGUUUCCAGCGGCUGAUGUUCUGGAAGUAGAUCUUUAUGCCACCUCUGGGUGCCAACCUUUUGGUUAGCAGCCAAGCACUAACCAUUUUUGCCAAGGCACUAGCCAUUUUACACAAACAUCUAGA